AAAGCCAUGAGUAUUGUAACAGAUCCUCUUGUAAUUGGAAGAGUGAUUGGAGAUCUAGUUGAUAACUUCACCACAACUAUGAAAAUGUCUGUCAGUUACAACACUAAACAAGUCUACAAUGGUCAUGAGUUUUUUCCUUCCUCACUUACCACUAAGCCUAAGGUUCAGAUUCAUGGUGGUGAUAUGAGAUCCUUCUUCACUCUGAUCAUGACAGAUCCGGAUGUUCCUGGCCCUAGUGAUCCCUACCUGAAAGAACACUUGCACUGGUUAGUCACGGAUAUACCAGGCACAACAGAUGCUACAUUUGGGAAAGAAGUGAUGAAAUAUGAAAUUCCACGUCCUCACAUAGGAAUCCAUAGGUUUGUGUUUCUUCUUUACAAGCAGAAGAGCAGACAAACAGUGAUGAAAAUACCAACAUCAAGAGAUCUCUUUAACACACAGAAAUUUGCAGAAGACAAUGACCUCGGGCCUCCUGUGGCUGCUGUUUUUUUCAAUGCUCAAAGGGAAACAGCUGCCAGAAGACGUUGAAAUUCAAAACCAAAACUAAAAGUUAUGUUGUACUGCUA